AUGAAGCUCAGGGUCAAAGAAGCACAACAGGAUUUUAUAAAAACACUGGAGGAGCUUCAUCACUGUGAGUUUACAACCAAACUAAAACUAAAGCUACUGCGCAACGGAGAACCCGGUGCUGCACCAGGUGGCCCACCAGGUGCUCCACCAGGUGGCCCACCAGGUGGCCCACCAGGUGCUCCACCAGGUGGCCCACCAGGUGGCCCACCAGGUGCUCCACCAGGUGGCCCACCAGGUGGCCCACCAGGUGCUCCACCAGGUGCUGCACCAGGUGGUCCACCAGGUGGCCCAGUGGUGCUGCCGUGUAAGGUGUCUGCUCCCGUGGAUCCGGAUGCCACCAUAGAGUGGACCUGCGAACUGUUCAACCCGUCCUUCGUGCACGUGCGGCGGCAGGGCAGAGACCUGGACACGGCCAACACGCGGUACAAGGGCCGCACGUCGCUGGAGCCCAACGCCCAGAACACCGGGAGGCUGGACCUCACCCUGAGAGACAUCAACUCCUGUGACAUCUGCACCUACAAGUGCAUCGUGCGCAAGGACGGACGAGCUCUGCACGAGGUCGACGUGCAGCUGGAGACCAAAGUUGGACUGACAGCCGGAGAAAUCGCUGGAAUCUGUAUUGGAGUUCUUUUUGCUCUUUUGAUCGGAAUCAUGAUCGGAUUCAUCCUGAGACCAAGAUUCUCCAAGUAGAACCCAGGUUUUGGAGCCUGAAGGCGUCGCAGGUUGAUGAUGUCAUGUCCUCCUCAGCUUCUGCACUUCCUGUGGCUGGUUUGUCUUCUGUGGAAAUAAUCUUAUAAAACUCACACGUCCUGAGUUUAUUCUUUGUCUUGUUUUAUCAGUCAAAUCAUCUGGUGUGUGUAAUCUGAAUGUAAUCUGUGUGUAAUCUGUGUUUGGUGCACCUGGCUCACCGCUGGACUCCUGACAGACAAACCAACAGCAGCCGCGCUUCUCUUCAUCAGACUUUUGCUCUUUUCUCUUCUUUAAAUCUUGAUUUUUUUUUGUGAAAAUAAGUUUUUGCGUUUUGAUUUUUUAAACCAAUUCUUCACAGAUGUUAUUAAAUAUCAUUAUUUUUGUUCUUAAUAUCGAUGUAAUGAUUAGUGUUAGGGAUAUUGCCGUGGUUUCAGUGGUCUGACGUCACUGAGACGAGCAGCUUCAGCCUCAAGCCGUCUGCAUCAGACUGGACAGCUGGAAAUAAAGUUCACUAAAAAGGGAAA